UGAAAAUGCCGAAAAAAACCCAACGGUGAAGGUGAUUAUUGAUGUUGAUCGAUUUUCAUUCCAAUCUUGCGUCGGAAGAAACAAAACAACCUUCAAUUCAAUCAACGUUACACUCACCACAUUACAGUUACGAAGCACAUUCACUCAGAGAGAGAGAGAGAGAAAAAUAAUCACAUUACUCUUUUUUUUUACGUUUCAGUUGCAUUGCAUUGCACCUUUGCGAUCAUUUCUUAUACACCAUUGUGUAAUUGUGUUUGGAAUCUGUGAAAAUGGGGUUGUUUUUUGGGAUAUUUUUGGGGAUAAUAUUCGGUGUGGCAUUGAUGGCUGGAUUGGAACGAAUGAUGAGGUACAGAAGCGCUAAGAGGAUUGCAAAGGCAGUGGACAUUAAACUCCUUGGAUCCCUUAAUAGAGAGGACUUAAAGAAAAUUUGUAGUGAAAAUUUACCUGAAUGGAUAUCUUUCCCUGUAUAUGAGCAGGUGAAAUGGCUAAACAAGCUGCUGUCCAAAUUGUGGCCAUUUGUAGCAGAUGCAGCAACUAUGGUGAUAAGAGAAUCUGUUGAACCGCUAUUAGAAGAGUAUAGACCUCCUGGAAUUACUUCAUUGAAGUUCAGUAAGCUGUCCCUUGGAAAUGUCGCUCCAAAAAUUGAAGGUAUUCGUGUUCAGAAUCUUAAAAAAGGUCAAAUCAUAAUGGACAUAGAUUUCCGUUGGGGUGGUGAUCCCAAUAUUGUUUUGGCUGUUGAAGCUGCACUUGUCGCAUCAAUUCCUAUUCAGUUGAAGGAUCUCCAGAUGUUCAGCAUUAUCCGUGUUAUAUUCCAACUCGCUGAAGAGAUCCCCUGCAUUUCCGCUGUUGUUGUUGCCCUACUUGCUGAGCCGAAGCCUCGGAUUGAUUACACUCUGAAGGCAGUUGGUGGAAGUUUGACGGCACUUCCUGGAAUUUCAGAUAUGAUUGAUGAUACUGUGAACUCAAUUGUUACUGAUAUGCUCCAAUGGCCUCAUAGGAUUGUUGUUCCACUUGGUGGUAUUCCUGUGGAUACUAGUGAACUGGAGCUUAAACCCCAGGGAAUGCUUAGAGUGAAAGUAAUAAAAGCAAAUGAUCUAAAAAACAAGGAAAUGAUUGGAAAGUCUGAUCCUUACACAGUUGUGUAUAUUCGACCACUGUUUAAAGUUAAAACGAAGGUUAUUGAUAACAACUUGAAUCCGAUUUGGAAUGAGGAAUUUGACUUAAUUGCAGAAGACAAGGAGACCCAGUCACUCACUCUCGAGGUUUUUGAUAAAGACAUUGGACAAGAUAAACGAUUGGGAAUAGCAAAAUUGCCACUUAUCGACCUGGAAGUAGAAACUGAAAAGGAGGUUGAAUUGAGGCUUUUGUCAUCUCUUGAUACGCUGAAAGUGAAAGAUAAGAAGGAUCGAGGUACCUUGAGAAUAAAGUAUUUCUAUCACGAGUUUAACAAGGAAGAACAGCUGGCUGCACUAGAAGCAGAGAAAAUGACACUAGAACAAAGGAAGAAACUGAAAGAGGAAGGAGUCAUAGGAAGUACAAUGGACGCGCUAGACGGAGUAGCAUCAGUAGCCGGGUCUGGUGUUGGACUUGUUGGUUCUGGAGUAGCAACAGUAGCCGGAACUGGUGUUGGACUUGUUGGUUCUGGUGUUACUGCGGGUGCUGGACUCGUUGGUUCUGGUGUUACUGCCGGUGCUGGAAUUGUUGGCAGCGGGUUUGGUGCUGUCGGUAGUGGACUUGGUGCUGUUGGCAGUGGACUGAGCAGGGCAGGAAAGUUCAUGGGCAGGACAAUCACAGGGCAAACUGUAUCCAGAAGGAGUGGUUCAUCUAUUCCUACAGAGGAGAGUGGUGGUGUAACGAAAUAACCUGAGUUUAUUAGUUUAUGAGAUUUUACAGUAGCUAGGUUGGUUUCUUUUGUUGCUUGUUCACAUGAAUCAUAAUGAUUUUCUUUCUUUGGAAAUAGAUUGACCACUGAGUAUCAGGAAUUUCUAUGUAGUUUUAGUUUUACACCAUCUUUUAUCUGUAUAAAAUUGUUAACCUGGAUGUGU